UAAUUUUAAAAAAGUAAAUCAAAAUAAAUUUAGAAAUCAGUUUGUUAAUUGUUAAAGUAAAACAAGUUAUUUAUCUCGUUAGAAGUAAAAAUGAAUCAUCAAGCUUCAAUAUUAUAAACAAUUGAAAGCGUUUCUAAUUUAGAGAAUGCAACAGUAGAACAAGAGAUAAAAAAAUCAUCUUAAAUAUUUGAUAAGAUUGCUUUUAAAAAAAACUAAAUCAAUAAAGAAUAACUUUAGCAAUAGCUGAUUCAAAAUAGAUAGAUCUACCUAGAGUAAAAGUAGUAAGACAUCGCAGAUUAAAAGCAGCUCAGAAAAUUAGAAAAGAUUAAAAUUAGAGCCGAACAAUCUCAAGGAUUAAUUCAGCAUCCCAAAUAAUUCAGACAGAUAUUUCAACCUUCAGAUUUAUUCUCACCAACUAAAUUUGUCUAACCUGAAUAAGAGUUAAAAGAAAUAAAUAAAUUUACUUUUGUUCCUCUGAAAUAGAAGAUUUAGUAAUCGAUUGCAGAUAAAAAAAUAAGCUAAGCUCCUUGGAUAAGUGCUAGCAAUGGAUAAGAUGCAUUUGAUAAGAAUCAAAUAUUCAAACCUACUCCGCAAGAAGAAAAAUUAGUAAUUGACCAAAAGGAGAAAUUCAAAUAGUAGAGAUUUGAUUACAAAAACUUUAAAAACUACCUAAAAACAAAAUUCAAUAACCUUUAUUUUGAAUAUCCAUAAAAUCAAAAUGAAGGAACAACUGAUAACAAACCAAUUAAGCAAAAAAGUAGUCAUUAGAGCUAAGAAUAUAAAAAUGAAUUAGUUGGUCGCCUGUAGCCUUAAAUUCAAAGAUCAAACACAGCUUCUUCAGUGAAUAGAAUUAAAAAACCUAAUGAUGACACUUAGUAGAAAGAAUUAAGGGCUCAAUCAACAGAAAGAGAAAGAGCAAUACAUAAAAAUAAUAAAAACUAAAAUGCAUUAAUUUAAAAUAAUGGAAGAGAUUCUCCAAAAUUAGUUUUUAAAAGAAUCUAAAGUCCAUAGAAUAUAUCAUUAAACUUUAAUUCUAUAUUUUUCAAUAAUAUGGAUUAAGAACAAAUCAAUAGUAAAAAUCAUAAACUAAUUUCUAUGAAUAUUCCAUAAAAAUAAAAUUCAACUUUAGUUUAAAACAUCAACAUUAAGCAAAGAAUUCCUCUUUAGAAGCUAAAUAGCUAGUUUUAAAAUAAUCUUAAUAGUCCUAUUAAUAGAGUUUGCAGUCCUUAAAAUACCUUCAAUUAAUAGUUUUCUAAAACAGGUUUUAUGUACAGUCAAUAGAAUUCCCCAAUGAACUAAGUAAAUUUCUUUAAUUCCCAGUAGUUAGGUUUGUAGAAAACAACAAGUAGCGUCAGCACUCACGAAAACGCUUUUCAUUCAAGAAAACAAUCACAUUCUUUAUUUAACUCAACCCUUUAGUCAUUAAAUUAAAAACAACAAAGCUAAUAGUCUUCUUUAGCAUGGAAAUACGGAUACAGUAAUAAUCAUAAAACCAACGAAAUUUUCUCAUAAUACACAUCAGAUUCAAAUGAUUUUAAAAUGAACCAAUCUAGAAGCCCAAAUUUUGUUUUCAAACCAAAUGGUAACCUUGGAAAUUUAUUUUCUGAUUAUUAUAAGGAUAAAGGAGAAAAUAAUGAAACGAAGUAAAAUAAAAUUAUUAGAGAUCGAGUAGCCUCUACUUCUUCUUCUAAAAAAUAGCUGACAUCAAGCUGA